AUGGAGGCAGGAUCAUACCGUCAAUAUGGACGAAAAGAUACCUGGGAUGAUGAUACACGGGUCGCUUUUGACUCAGAACCGCAAUGGGCGCCAGAGCAGGAUGGGUGGCGGAAACGCCGAUACGAAGACGAUGGCCUAGGCUCUUCAUCUUCAAAGAGAGCGAGACAUUCGAAUGGAUACGAUACUCGGCACGAACAUCCCGUGGAGACGAGAUUAGAUCACGCAGAACAUCAAAAUGGGUCGAAUUCGGCUUCUUUUCACUCGGGAGAUCAGCACGCGAAUCGUCGGACAUCGAAUCAUCGACCGAUACCCAAGCUCUCUAUCGACUCUCCCCCUCGUCUGCCAGAACCUAUUCGCGCAUCUAGUUCAAGAAAACAGGAUACCAUCUUUUUCAACAAUGGACCCUUGCAUGCUAGACAACUCGCCACAAGGCUUCCCUUGGACGUUAGCAUUCAUGCGCCAUCCGCGGCGUACGAAAGUAUAACUCGACACCCGUCAGAGGCAUAUGAACCCUCUUCUCUGCUUCCGUUGGUAUCCUCGGAAGUUGAAGAUUUUGCUUCAGCCGAAGACGCUCUUCCUCUGAGACAACUCAUCGUCCUGGACCUCAAUGGCUCUCUUCUCUAUCGACAUUCGGCCCACAUGGGCAAAAGAGCCAUGUGGCGACGCCCAUAUCUCGACUGCUUCGUCCAAUACCUCUCCCACGAACGCACGACCAAUGGUCUCUUGAUCGAACGAACUGGUAGCAACAAGGGGAAACGAUACUUUCAUCUCUUGCCUACUUCUAUCCCAAACGUUUCAUCUCAACCCGAAUCACGCGUCGACCGUCGCAAACAGAAGAAACUGAACAAGAAGCAGCGGAAACAACAACAGCAACAGGCCACGGCCUCUAAACCAUCUGUCGAAAGGGUCAACACAGAACGGUUAGAGAAUCUACGCUCUCUACGCAAACAACUCAAGUCACAUCCAAAGCGAUUCACACUCCUGGCGCCACUAGACGCAAUGAUAUGGAGCAGCGUACAACCACAUAACCUCCCACCAAUGGUCGACACGGCAUUUGGGUGGAGACAAGAUUGCCUGAGAGCAUGCUGGAGCCGCUCAAUGCUUGGCUUGAGUGCCGAAGGGUUCCACCGACGAGUACAGACGACGAAAAACUUGGAUCGAAUAUGGUUCUCUGCUGAAGGCCGUUAUGGCGCUGCAUCGACGUUGCUCAUGGACGACACGGCACUCAAAGCGCGGUUACAGCCGUGGAAUCUUCUGCAGAUCAACGAAUAUGUCGCCAAGCGUCGAGGGCCGACGUCUACUCGUGAUCGUUCGAACUCUCCCGUCGAGAUAUCUGCGCGCACGGAGAAUGGAGAGUCGACUGUUCCGGUUGAUGUACCAGUCGAUCCCGAGGAAGAGGCUCCACCGUCCAUCCCUCUCAUGGAUGAAGCAAAAGAUCCGAGUGAAGAAGAAGAGGACAAGACGCUGCUCGCUGUUAUUGGUGUUUUAGAAGAACUGCGAAGUCAGAGGAACGUUGCUGCUUGGAUGCGCGAAGGAGGGCUAUGGGCGUUUUUGCAAGAGGAUACACCCCUCCCUCCUGCCGGAGACGUGCAAGCUCCGUCGCCGGAUGCUCAAACAAACGACACCACACAGGACCAAUUCGUCGCAGGCCCAGAGAUUGAAGACGAGCACCAGGUGGCCAGUCUGCGAUUGUGGUGCAUGGAUCCCGACGCACUUGCACAUUGGACUGCAAAAGGCAUCAAAGCGUUGCAGUCUAGGGGGAUCUCUGUUAAGCCGGGUAUCAUUGUAGCAGCCCAAGAUGAACAGCUCGUCGAACUCUGUAAAGUCAGGGAGAUGUAUGCUUAG